AUGCGUGCAUGCGCAGUGCAGUGGGUAGAAGAUGCGCGUGGUGAAGAGGCGUAUACGCAGCAUUUGGGAUUGACGUGGGGGAGGUGUCUCUCUUCGCAUCGUGGAGAUGUGGAGUUUGUCUGCGAUUGUGUAGGGCCGCGUUGCAGGGGUGCAGCUGGCGAAGCACUGUCUGGCGUUGCGAUUGCUCGCUGCUUUGCCCAGCCGGGCUACGGGGUGUGGAUGCCGCGUCUGGCGUUGCGAUCGAUUGCUGCUUUGCCUAGCGGGGAUGCGGCUGGUGAAGCAGUGCCUGGCGUUGCUGACUGCUCGCUGCCUUGCCCAGACGUGUCCGGCCUUGCGAUUUCUGGCGUUGCGAUUGCUCACUGCUUUGCCCAGACGGCCAGAGGCGUGUGGAUGACGCCAAUGGCGUCGGGGCCGACACACUAG